AUGAGAUACCGAGACGAACAAGGUUCAUUCACCUCCGCUCGUCUUCAUGGCCCACUGCUGGUUGGCGUCUUGUUGUUGCUUUGCCUAGCGGUCGUCAACGUCACUGCCGUUGCUGCUGCGCAGGGGAGCACAUGUGACCCUGUCGAGGGAUAUUACUUGCGGAACGGAGAGGACUAUCGUGGACAUGUGAAUGUAACGGAAAACGGGAUUCCAUGCCAAAAUUGGGCGGAGCAGCGCCCACACAAGCACGACACCAUCGUGCCGAACCCACUGAACGGUGUGGGAAACCAUAACUACUGCCGCAAUCCAAGCGGCCUGGAUCGACCAGGCUGCCUCACGACAAACCCCUCUGUUCGAUACCAAUUCUGUAGAAUCGGCCCUCCAUGCAACAGUACCCCAAUAGAACCCGUCCUGUAUUACGAACCGAAGUCCGGAACCCGAUUGCAGGUGGGUCAGCCCAUCACUAUCACAUGUUUUCCGCGCCCUUGUAGUAUACAUUACACGCUGGACGGCACACCCCCUAACACCGAAUUUGGGACGCUGUACUCCCGCCCUUUUGUCUUAACGAAAAAUACAACUGUAAAGGCAAUUGCGCUCUUCGCGUCGAACCGGACGCUGAGCCGACAGGCGUUUUAUUCUGUUCCACCACCUCCACCCGAAAGAAAGGCGUACUUCAGCCCCCCAUCUACUGUAACGUACCGCGGUCCUGUACUGGUUGUGGUUAAAGGUUUAAAGAAGAAUAAUACCGUGCUCAUAUUCAAAAAUUCAGAACUACGGGGUACACCCUAUGAAGGACCGUUUUGGCUGAAUGAGACUACAAACUUGACCGCUGUACUGGAUGAACAGACGACCAUCCAUGCCAGCUAUACGAUUCUUGCGACAGGAGCACAAGUGGAAUUGUACCCUGUGUCGGGCCGAUAUAUUGGGGGUGCUUCGUGUCUCGUCUAUCAGCCAACUCCCAACGCAAGCUACGCGGUGUCUAUAAACGAGACCCAAUGGGAACCACUUGACGGUAUGGUCUUUGUGGUGGACAGUGUGGGCACAACUUCGGUGGCUGUGAAGGCCACCUACCUCGGUGGCGUGGAAUCGAUUGCGUGGCGGACGUACGAAGUCGUCGAGGCUAUACCACCGGUGCUAACUCCUGUAGCCGCUGUUGUCUACACCCGCCCCAUCCGCGUGACGUGUGCAGAUCCGGUGGGCCGACCGCUUGCUGUCGGUGUCUUGAGCGAUGAAGAGCUGCUGCUUUCUGUUCGCCUCAACACACCUGGCCAAUUUACCGUGAACUGUAGUUAUGUAGACGAUCUUCACCGGACACAAAAUACCAUUGCGGUGUACAAGCUUCAGCCAGUUCCCCUUCCGAUGCCGAAGCUGCUGCCGGAAUGUGGGCAUCAUUUUCCCAUGACACCUAUAGUGCUGACGGCAGCUAUUGUUCCGCCGCCCGACGCGGAGAGUGAAGAGGACCUGUCGCGACUGAGCGUGAGUGCGACCGUGACGAACGCCAGGCUGCGCCCUCUUCCAGAGGGCAGUUCUUUCGUUCUUGAAGCCGAGCAAAGUGUACCUGUUAACGUGUCUGUGGCUCUCUCGACACGAUCCUCGCAUCCGUUAGAGGGUGAAAGCGAGAUACUAAUCUGUCGCUACGAGAUAUCGCCCCUUGGAUCCUUGGCGACUCCAUGGUUUGUGGGCCGCCCGACAUGUGGCAAUCCGACAGGGUGCACCGAUACAGUGGCGCGUCAACUUGCCUCCUGUAUGUCAUUUUACACCACGGCGCUCAUCCAAAGCACGAUGGUUGGACCCUUUAUGAUGAUAAGGGUGGCUCGUCUGCCCAUUUCCUUACAGAUGGAGUAUUAUACCCGUGUAGGGAAAUGCCUGCUUGACGCGUCGCUAAGUGAUGUUCGUAAUGAGACAAGUGGAUCGAUACAGUUGGCACAUCGGUGGUAUGUAAGCUCGCCCUCUUCGUCGUCAGAUUUCAUGACAGGUGUGCAGGUGAUGCUAGUGGUGGAAGGCUGGGGGCUCGAUGCGUGCGAACUCUACCUCGUACGGCGCGAGCACAGUUGCGACGAUAUCGGAGUGAACCACGUUGAUCGAAGCACCAUGGACACCUACUCGGAGCAACUAACGUUUAUUGUUGACACCCCUGGGAGCUACAAGUUGUGUGCUGCUGUGAAUGGUGCGAUAUACGCGGUGCCGUCGCCUGGUCUCCUCGUCGUGAGGCCCCGACCAUCGCCGCUGCUGCAGCCCACGCCGUGUGGCGGACGCUCAGAGGGCCCCAUCGCCGUGCUGGCCGACGUGGCACCGCGAAGUGUAUACCCGGAUGCCUUCACGUCGAUCGACACCGGUGCGUGGUACAAAAUAGCAGCAGGCACCGUGGUUCGCCUUGAUCGUCUGACGGCGACGAAACCGUCGGUGACUGUGGCUUUGUCACCUGGCCAGAGGUGCGGUGCCUCAAUGACAUGUGUGUUCUACGCCCCGCAAGGUGACGCGCCGAGGUGGUUGACGUACAAGUGGACCAUUGCUUCUGUGCGUGGGAGCGUCAAUUACGUUUUGCUUGCUGUGAACGGCACCUUCUCCGGUGACGCUCGUGUAGAGUUUCGUGCUUAUAGCCUGCGACAAAACGUCACGAACACCCUUUUCUUCGGAAGAGUAGCGACAGCAUCAAGAUCUGGAGUGAUGAGUCGCAGUUAUGGCAACAAAUCAAUGGAGGAGUCACUCAUCUUCACGUCUUUGGGGACAGCAGUUGACGCCUUUGCUGUGGCUGACGGUCUACUUCCACUCACUGGUAGCGCCGACGAGUAUCCGUUUUUUUUAAUGGUUGUGAUCGAUGGCGUUUCGGUCAGCGCAGAGCCGUUAGAACUGGCCUUGUCACCGUUGUCUGUAGCGAUGCAUUCCUGCCCAAAUUGUACUAGUGGCUGGUGCUUCGCUGAUCGUUGUGUCUGCAUUGGAAAGGAGAACCGCACCGCAUACUUCUGCUCGGGAGUGCCCUCGCCGAUGCGGCCGUCCACCUCCAGUUCCACUCACCUGGUGUUCCUCCUCGCCUACAUGGCAUUGCUGACGAUACUGGGGGUAAACGUGGGCAUGGCCAUCAAGGACGGAACGAGAAAGCGAGCCAGAAAGGAGGCCCUCGGCGUCACUGUGGAGUCGUUGUAG